GUGAGGUUUGAAGGGGGAAACACACCGACCUGUAUGGAGAAAAGCAAACACGGAUCCUCUCAGUGAUGGGCUGUACAGGAUGGAGACUCCUCUGGCUGGCCUGCCUGGUGUCCACUUUUCUUCAAUAUGGUGCAGUCCGGGUGACGGUGAGGGAGUCUGGUCUGGAGGUUGUUCAGGGAGAUUCUGUCAUGCUGCCCUGUUCGUUUUUCACCAUGAUGCCCUUGUUUAGACUCAGCAUCAUUUGGACUCUGACCCCACUCUCCAACCCCGACUCUCCCAUACAGGUGAUCGUGUAUGAUCAAGGGCAGGUGAUUGAAAGCCCUUCAUUCAUGGGCAGGGUUGGAUUUAUGGGAAUGCCCUGGAGCGCGGACAUCACUUUGAACUACACACGCGUGUCUGACGCUGGAGUCUAUCGCUGUGUGGUCAGCAACCCACCUGAGACAGGAGACCCUGGCAUAGGAGAGCUCAGCCUCACUGUUUUGGCACCUCCGUCUCUUCCUGUGUGUCUAUGGGAAGGGGACACCGACACUGGAGGCAAUGUGCGACUGUCCUGUGUGGUGGCGGAGGGCUUUCCUACUCCCCAGGUGAUCUGGGAGAAGUUAGAACCAGAUAAGACAACACUGCCAGUGAACAUGGAUGGUGACAUGGCGGGCUCUGUGCACAUCACUAAUGUGUCUACGCAGACUUCUGGCCUCUACCGCUGCUCCGUGACCAACCCACUGGGAACCCAGCACUGCUAUAUCAACCUGUCUGUCUACGCACCUCCGGAUAACUCUCCUGGCAUCCUGCAAGGGGUGCUGUUGAGCCUCACGAUGGCCCUUCUCCUGCUCGCUCUGAUGGUGCUGGUGCUGUGGCUCCACCGUUUGGCACAGGAGAGCAAAUGGAGGAACAGCCAUGAGGAAGAUGAGUGCUAUAAUGAGAUCAAAUACACACCCUCUCUCAUUAAACGCUCCUUUGUCUGAGACAAGGAUAAGAAGGGAUAUCUUGUGGGAUGUCACUUUUUAAGUGCAUUACAGUUGCCCCAAAGUGGUACAGUCACUACUGUAAACACAUGUAUAUAUAUUUUUUGUCCUAAGGCAUGCCACAGAUGCUGUGAAAUACAUUUGAAUUGUAUUUAAACCAGAAUAUUCAUGUAGAAGCUGGCUUUUCACUUUCUACAAGCUGUAAUCUCAACAGACAAUCAGAUGUCACUAUAAAUUAAUUCAAGUUGAGUUUGGUCUUUUGGUAGAAAUGUCUAUGCUUUGUAGAGGACAUUCAUUUCAUACAGUAACAUACAUUGCUUGAAGCUGAUUGUAGCUAUUGCAUUUGCUUUUGGAAAUAAACCUCCAAUUUAACUACAAUAAAAAUG